AUGGAGGUCAAGGAUAAGAGGAUGAAGAGUGUUUUAUUCAAAUUUAUGUACGACAUUGAGGAUGAGGAAGAGUUUACAUUAAAAUUAGAGGAAAUGCUUGACAAAUAUGAAGAUGAGUAUGGCAAGUCCCUUGAAGUAAACAUUGAAGAAACUGAACAUGACGGUGAGAGUACAGUGUAUGCAGUUCUUGAUAGUGGUGGUGUAAAGGUGAGGAAUGUGAGAGUGGAGUGUGAUGGUUUAUUGACUUGCAAUUGUAAGAAGUUUAAAACGAAGGGCAUUUUGUAUAGUCAUUGUUUGAAGAUCCUUAGAGACACCCUUAAAUUCAAAGAGAUUCCUUCGCAAUAUAUUCUUAAGAGAUGGACUAAAAAAGCAAGAGCUGAAAAUGUGAAAGAUAGAUGUGGGCAUGAUAUUAAGGUUGAUGUAAGAUUGCAUCAAACUUCACACUAUAGAUCAUUGAUGGCAAUAUUCAGAGCAAUAGCAUGUAGCGCUUCCGAAAGUAAGGAAACAUAUAACUUGACGGUAGAGAAAGCGGAUGAAUUAAUUGCAAUCAUUGAAAGCAUAUUAAACGCAAAAUUCAAUAUGCCUUUUUCAGAUAAUAUUGAACAAGAAAGCCGUCCUCACAUAUGCCCCAAAAGCUUUGAAGUGCAUGGUGUAGUGGAUACAAAUGCAGUUCAAGCAAAAAGACUCAAGAGAAGAGAGUGCACUAGCAAGGGAAGAAGGCGGAAAGAAAGUGGUUUGGAGCUUGCAUUGGCAAAGAAAAAUAAAAAAGUUCACAUAAUGCUUCUCAAACUCCCAUCCAAGCAAUAUGCCUUUUCAAUGCCAUCAAUGUAUUCCGUGCAUAGAAGCUAUCAAGCAUUGCUUAACAAUGCAAGCGAUUAUGACUCGCAAGCCUUGAAUAGUCCUACAUGUAGUCAAGUACUACAUGGGUAUUGGCAUGGGCGUGGUCAUGGCCGCGGCUGUGGGCAUGAGGGUGGCCGUGGGCAAGAUCAUGUGGAUCACACGUCAAUUGAUCUUAGAGUUUAUUCUUAA